AUGAAGGUGGGAGCGCCACGCAUUUCGGUGCUUGCGGUGGACAGUUACGUGUCAACACCCGAAUGCAAGAAAGCGCUGGAGAAAGAGGACGUGUUCAUCCUGAUAGGCAGUCUGGGUCGCAUCAAUGAGCUUUUCGAGGCUCGAAUUAUAAGUUUGUUUUUUUAUUCUGUUUAUUAUAUUUGUCAUAGACGAUGA